GUGUGUGUGUGUAAAUAAGACUGCAAAAGUGCUGUAUAAGUGCCAGUCUAUUUCAAUAUUCUCCCUUUCGAGUGGUCAGACCUGUGACAUUUCCUUGUUGGGCUACUCUCUGAAACCAUCACCACCCCUGCCUUCAAAGCACUCCCUUAAUCUGGCUCUGAGCCUGUAGCCCAAAGAUGGGAGCAGUGCUGCACUGUAAGCCUCCACGCUUACAACUGUGCUUCUGGUAAACUAACCCAGUAUGCACAAGCUCAUACAUCUGAAUCAGUUAUUUGUAGCUAAAGAAAAUCUGAAACCUUUUUGUAACCACUGUGGGUCGCAGUGUGCUGUUAAAUAAAGGCAAUGGAUUUUAGUGACUAAGAAGGCAAAUUUCUUUUCAGCUCUUACUGAUAAGAGCUGUUUGCUUGCUCAUGCUGACUGGCUGUGAGACUGUGUUGUGUCGGUCAGCUGUUUCCCGGUGGUACACUUCAGCUUUGUGCAGUAAAAUGGAGAAUACCUACACAUCCAAACCAAAAGGAGGCUACGCAAAUCUCAGCAGACUUUUGUUGCUUCUGUUUCUGGCAGGCUUUCAGCCAGUACUGUCUUCAGAUGGAAAGCACACUCAAUUAGAUGCUGAUGGGGGCUUGAAAGCAGUAAUCAUUGGCCCAAACUAUGUGACAGUGGGUGUGCCCAGCAGCAUUGAGUGUGGUUCUAAUUGCAAUACAUGUACCUAUUCCAUGUCCCUGGAUGGACAGAGUGCCAUGGGUCAAAGCAAUGUGCUAGCCUUCACUGUUGAUAGUUGGAGGGAGGCUUUAACGGUGACGUGUAUGGUCACCAAUGACAAAGGGCUGAGUGCUACGACUACAAAGAACCUCCAGGUGUUAGCUGGACCUAGCAAUGUUUCAAUUUCAGGCCCCAAUCUGAUGAAUCCCACAUUGAGCCACACCUACAGCUGCUACACCUACUGUCGGCCAUCUUGCAACUACACCUGGAGGACAAAUAAAGGCCCGUGGAUCCGCAGUCAAGGAAAUGUUAUUUCGAUCACUCCUUGGGAGAUGGACAGAUCCAAAACGGUCACCUGCAAAGCCACCAAUAGUGUGUCUGGGCUUUUUGCCACUGCUACGCAAAACAUAGCUGUGACAUCUGGUCCAUCAGAGGUUCAUAUUGAAGGGCCAGACAUUAUAGAAAUUGCAGAAACGUAUAAAUACGUGUGCACUGCUGAAUGUCACCCUUCUUGUCGCUUCCUGUCAUCUGUGGACAGUCAGACCACGAGGGGCAAUGUGAUCGAGAUGACAGUGGAUCAUCCACUUAAAUCGGUCACUCUCAAGUGUGAAGCACAAAAUACUGCCUCAAAGAAGACAGCUACAGCCUUAAAAACUGUACAGAUGAAAGGGGCAGAUCUCAGCCUGGCCACUCGUCCUGAAAACACUUCAGCUGUGCUGCUGCUGGCCUUCAUCAUUUCUGCUGCCUGCACACUGUGAUUGAAUACAGACAGAUCUUUUUCAGGUACUGUGGAUUCAUUUUCUGGAGAAGUGACUUUGAAUUGCUGACUCACCUGUAAUCAUAAAGUGCGUAUUAAUUAAAUAGGUGGAGCUUUCUAUGUACUUUGUAAGGGAUGAAAUCAAAAGUGACUUUAAUAUCAAAGUGUGCAAAGGGAGUGUGCACACAUUAAGAUACUGCACUGAUACAGUUUAAAUGUGUACAAAGGCAACUUACACACAACAACACAUUUUUCUUCUGCUACGUGAUGUAUGCAAACUGAUCAUCUUAAUAAAUAA